AUGGGUUCCACGGUCCCCAUCGCGCUGCCCGCGCUCAAGACGAACCCCAAGUUCAUCUUCUUCACGGACUUUGACGGCACCAUCACUCAGCAGGACAGCAAUGACUUCAUCACCGACAACCUCGGGUACGGCCCGGCCCUGCGCAAGAAGGGCAACGAGGACGUGCUGUACGGCCGCCGCGACUUCCGAGACGCCUUCCGGGACAUGCUCGACAGCAUCAACACGCCCUUUGACGAGUGCAUCGACAUCCUUCGCCAAAACAUUACCCUCGACCCGGGCUUCAAGGCCUUUUUCGAGUGGGCCCGCGACAACAACGUGCCCAUUGUCGUGCUGAGCGGAGGCAUGAAGCCCAUCAUCCGCGCUCUUCUGGCGCAUAUGCUCGGCGAGGAGGCUGUGGAUACGCUGCAGAUUGUGAGCAACGAUGUUGCGCCGAGGGAGGGGAAGAGCAUCAAUGAGGCGGGGGGGUGGCAGAUUGUCUAUCACGAUGAUAGCGGGUUUGGCCACGACAAGUCGCUCGAGAUCCGCCCGUACGCCAGGCUCCCGGCCGACGAGAGGCCAGUUCUCUUCUACGCCGGUGACGGCGUGUCUGACCUGUCGGCGGCUAAGGAGACUGACCUGCUCUUUGCCAAGGCAGGGCGCGAUCUCGUCACCUUUUGCGAGAGGGAAAAUGUCCCGUUCACAACGUUCAACGAUUUCUCGGAUAUCCAUGCGACUGUAAAGGACAUUGUGGCCGGCAAGCUCACCGUUUCAGAAGCCGCCACCGGUCGAAAAUGA